CAAACGAUUGGAAGGACCAGCCAGCUUGCUGGCGAAAGGAAGGAAGACGAGCAGUCACUUACGCUGACAUCAUCAUCACCUUCAUCAUCAUCUUCAUCGUCAUUGUCGUCGUCGUUGUCCUUGUCAAGCUCUGAGCUGCGCCAAGGCCCCUUCCCAAGCACUAUCCAAGCCUUCAAAGAGAAUCAUGACAUCUGGAACACGCAGUCGGAACAGCAAUGAGAGUGACAGCGGCAAAGAACCGCUGUUCACCUUCACGCCCAAGCACAGGUUUUCGACACAGAACAACUUCAUGCUUGGUGUCACGCUGGGCCCUUGGCUAACCGUGCUGUGGAAGUACGGCUACGCGAUUGAGUGGAAACACUACUGGUUUCGGGUCCUCUUUCUCACGUUUAUGGCGUGCCUCAACUCCACCCUUUCGUUUCUGGAGUGGCUCUUCUUCCGACACCGUAUUCGCAGCGCUGUCAUCAACAGGCGGCCUGUCUUCAUUCUCGGUCAUCCUCGUACGGGCACAACCCACCUGCACAACCUCAUCUCCCUGGACGAUGACGAGUUCUUUGCGCCCACCACCCUGGCCGCUGGCUUCUCUGCCGCCUAUCUGCUCCUCCAUCCCGUGCGGCACCUUCUGUCCGGCGUGCUCAGCGAUACUCGCCCCAUGGACAACAUGGCGCUGACAUUUGAUGUCCCACAGGAAGACGAGCUGUCCUACACGCAAUCCACUCCACUGCUGUCCAUGUACUCCCCGCUCGUGUUCAUGACAGAGGAGCCCAAGUUCCGCAAGUACUUUCGAAUGCAAGACGUGUCUCAGGACGAAAAGAAACGAUACACGGAUGUGAUGCUCGCCUUUCUUCAGAAGCUGGCCGUGCAUGCGCAGGGUCGCCGCUUUGUUCUCAAAUCUCCAACCCACACAGCAAAGGUCCGGUUCUUGCUUGAGCUGUUCCCUGAGGCGCAGUUCAUCUACAUCCACCGCCACCCGUACCGCGUGUUUCGAUCCGCAAUGAACAUGGCAGACAAAACUUACUGGUACAGCUAUCUGGCCACACCGACUAACGAGCAAGUUGCGGAGUUUGUGAUGCACCAGUACGAGGAACUGUUUGAUGCGUACAUGGAGGAUCGGUCCCUGAUUCCGGAAGGAAAUUUGGUCGAGGUCUCCUUUGAUGAACUUCAGCAGCAGCCCUUGCAAACGAUGGAGCGCAUCUACACGACCCUGCAGUGGACCGGAUUUGACGACCGCGUGAAACCAAAGCUGCAGCGCUAUCUGAAGAGUCUUCGCGGAUUCAAGAAGAACGCGUUUGAAACGCUGACAGAUACGCAGCGGCAGGAGGUGAACCGGCGAUGGAGGAAGAGCUUCAAGGCGUUUGGGUACACCAUGCAGGAGAAGCAAGGCGCCGUGAACAUUGCUGGGCACUAACGCAACGAAAGGGGUAGUGUGUGUGUGUGUGUGUGCGUGUGUGCGUGAGAGUGGGUGUUUGUGUGUGCGUGUGAGUGCGUGAGUGAGUGGGUGCGCGCGCUUGUGUGUGAGUGUUUGUGUACGCGAGUGAGUAGUGAGUGUGUGUAUGUGAAUGUGUGUGCAAAGCGAAAGGACGUAUAUGGAUGAAUGGUUGCCAGCGCGUUUGUUUGCCAGUGCGGUGACAUUCAUGGCGCCCCACUCCUCCCCGCCA